AUGGCUUAUACGCCGUCCGGCUUGGAGUCGACGUCGCUGCUGUUCGUCUACGGGCUCGACAUCUUCUACACGCGGGGCACACCUUCUGGAAAUUCUGGUGCGCUCAAGGACGAUUUCGACCACAUUCUGAUCUGCAUCGUGCUCGCCGCCCUCUUCAUCGGAUCGUACGUCUGCCGGAAGUUGGCCCGCAACAAGGCCCUCCAACAGCAAUGGGCC